ACUGACUUCUGCUUUUAGUUCCGGUUGGUGCACCAGCGGGGAAGGAGGUGUUAAACACGGAGGAAAAGUUUGUUUGGUUCACUUAUAAGCGAUGGACGAAGUGUGUUUAGUUCAUAUGGUGGAGAGACUUUGGUAAUAUCCUAAAUGUGGACUAAUAUGAGAGACUAGUGUGCUCUUUGGAGGAGUGUUUACAAACCUGGCUGCACACUCGUCCAUGAGAUAAUCGCAGCUCACAUCUAAUCAGCAGCGAACGAUGGCAAAUGGGAAUCAGACAGUUGUGUACGUGUCUGAGCAGGUGGUCGUGUUGUUUACAUGUGCGCUGUCGUUUCUGGGCUCUUCUCUCAUCAUCCUCACCUUCAUUAUUUGGUCUGAUUUGAGGACUACUCCGAGGAAGCUCCUGGUUUACCUCUCGGUGUCUGACUGGCUGUCCGCCGUCUCUUACGCCUUCGGAGUGUGGAAAGUUUUCCGCACCGACUCGGUGGACUGCGUCGUUCAGGGGGCGAUAUCCACUUUCGCGAACACCAGCUCCUUUUUCUGGACUGUGGCCAUUGCUGUUUACCUGUACGUUUUUAUCGUGAGGUCCAACCAAAGAGUGGCUGACAGCCUGGUGUUGUUUUUCCACGUAGUCAGCUGGGGCAUUCCAUUGGCCAUCACUGUUGCAGCCGUGUCCCUGAACAAGAUUGGCUACGAUGCAUCAGAGGUGUCGGUGGGCUGGUGCUGGGUCAGGAUACACGCAUCUGACCGGGUCCUGUGGAUGCUGCUGACUGGAAAGAUCUGGGAGUUCUUAGCUUACCUCACCCUCCCUGUCCUCUACAUUCUGAUCAAGAGGCACAUCCACAUAGCGCAUGCUGCCCUCUCCGAGUACCGUCCCAUCUUGCCCAACAGGCCUCAAACACACUCCUUCACCUCCAUGGCCGACGUGAAGCUAACACUCAUCCCCAUUAUCUUCAUCGCCCUGCGCAUUUGGAGCACAGUGCGCUUCAUACUGCUGCUAGCUGACUCUUCAGCCAGGCAGCACCCAGUGCUGGUCACUCUGCAUGGAAUUGGCAACACCUCGCAGGGAGCAGCCAACUGCAUCAUGUUUGUAUUAUUAACCCAACCAAUCCGCGCACGUCUCUGCACAACGCUCUGCUGCUGCUGCUGCUCCAAGUGUCGAGCAGAGGGGCAGCACUCACAAAACAACCCUCAUAGACCACUGGAGGGACAGGACGCCUCCACAUAGAGAGCAGAAGAAGACAGCACCAGUCGAGUCCGGACUGAUAGAGGAUACUAGAUUCUGUGUAUGUGAAACUUGACACAGGGUGGAGGUCUGUUGUACACUGUGAAAAACAGUUUAGCAGCUUUAUUUAUCAUGUAGCGUGUGGAUACACUCACACUGAGGUUAUCACUGUGAAAUGAAUAUUCAGAUUUCAUCUUGUUCCGCUGAGUAUUCGGGUGUUGUACUGAUGGGGAAGUGUUUGUUAAGGUAAUAAUUAUCACGACACAAACACAACUGUACAUUUGUUUCCGCUUUUUAUUGUUACUUUUACAGAACAUUCACACAAAGUGUUCUCACACACAAAUUUUGAUCUUUUGACUAUCAAAGUCUGUCGACUGUGGUCAUCUUGAGUUCAUGGAAGAGAAAAAGUAUCAAAACGUCUGUAGAAACUUCUCAUAUAAGUCCUGCACUAUAGUCCUCUGGUACUUCUCUUCAUUUGAUCUAUAUGCUUAGUCACUGUUUUGCUAUAAUAUGGCUGACCACAAUGCUGCUUUCAGAGCUUAGAGGAAGGAAAUGGCGCAACAUGGAAGUACAUUUUGUCAUAUUUAGGUGAAUGAUCAAGUCUUCGUGACAGUUAUUCAUGGAUGACUGAUGUAGAGGAAAAUUAUGCUGCACGUAUUAUGUGAAAAGUUUCUAUGAAUUACACUUUUGAAUACACUUUUUUUGUCACGUUUAGAAACAUUUCCUUUCAAGCAAGAUACUGAAAAGUGUUUUUUUAUUAUUAUUAUUUGGGUAGAUUAUCAUUUUGUAAUAUAAAAUACAUUUCCAGUGUAUGUAUGUGUGUUUGAGUGCAAGAAAAUAGUUUGACCAUCUCUUUAAAAUAUAAUAAAUUGAGAUAUAGACACAA